AUGGCUCCCUGCGAAUUCUGCAGUAACUUUCUGGUGCUGAGACCAAACAAAGCGAAUCCAAUCAAGCUCUUACGCUUCUUAUGGUCUGGCUACAUAGCAGAAGGAGCAGAUGCUAUGAUAGAGUGCCCAAAGGGGGAGGAGGAAGAAAAUCGCAAACAUAAAGUGGUUAUCUUUCUGUCUCUCUUAGUGCAAAUGAUUUUGUUAUGGAUCGCCAAACCCUUGAGAUGUAUUGGUUCAGCGUUCGAGUGGCUUCUAAACCUUCCCUCUAGUAACCAGAACUGGCGUGGCCUUAUUCAUAAUGUUUUACACGGUUAG